UUAUUUAAGGAACAGGAAAAGUUUUUUAACUCUAGCACAAAAUUCAAUUGCACACAAAAUCAUAACGUUUAACAUGAGUGCAAAAGUUUUAUUCGCUUGCUCCAAGUGUUUCUCGCGUCAUCCAUACGAAGAAUUAUCCUCGGGACAGCAGCUUUGCAAGGGCUGCCGUGGUUCUACCUCAGUUGUUAAAUGUACUUACUGCCGCUCGGAGUUUCAACCCGCCACCAAAUCACAGAGUGCCUGUAAAAAAUGCGAACACUAUCUUGGAAAAUACGGUAAGCCCAGUCCGUGCGAGUGCUGCAAGAUUGUGGCUGCCUUCGCGGGGUCCAAGUGCAUGAGAUGCGCCAGCUACGAGGCAAAAUAUGGACCACCAGUCCACUGCGACGAAUGCAAGCUGCGAUCAGCCUUUGACAGGCGCGACGAGAACAAAAAGGUCAAUGGAAAACUCCUAUGCUGGCUGUGUACCUGCGCCUACAAACGCGCUGUGCUUAAGGCGCAGCAGGAGGGCCGAAUACCCAUGUCCAAGAAGCGGCCGCAUGAAAAGUCUUCUUCCUCGCACAGAGACAGCGCCUCGGCAAAGAAGCCAUCGCGCAAUGAGCUCGGCAAGAGCGGCGGCAGCAACAAUGCUGGCGGCGUUACGGCGGUGAGCGGAGCCGGAUUGGAUCAUCCGGACAAGAUAUCGCGCGGAAACAGCGGCAACGGCACAAUCGCAGCCCCGGCUGCCAUCACUGUCGACACUAAUUCGUCCGAUCAUGUGGUGGCCAUUACAUACCUUAAGGAACGCAUCGCCAGCCUGGAGAAGCGCCUCAAUCAAAAAGACAAAGAACUGUUGGAAAAGGAUAAACAAUUGACCGAACUGAAGGGCAAGAACUUUGAGAAGGAAAAUGACAUGCGCAACAGGCUGAAGGAGGUCGAGCGCCUGCAUGACAUGAAGGUGGAUAACUUGAAUCGUAAAAUUUCCAGUCUCCUCAAGGACUUGGCCACUUUGAAAAAGAGCAGCAAAAAGGCGGCCAGCGGAGCCAUGAAGGCAGAGAGGGAAGCCAUCAAGCGGGAGAAUCUGUCGCCAAAAGAGGAAAUUAUUGCGGCAGCACCAGAGAAACAAAUCAAGACAUCCGAGCCCGCCGACCUGGACAAGGACGAGAAGAGUUGCGACCGUGAGGAAGAUCGUAGCGAGCAGGAGGAUCGCGCAAGUGUGCGUUCGCGCUCCGCCUCAGGCUCCAGCAGAGCCAGUCCCUCUUCGAACUGAGAGUGGCGCCCUAUUCUCCACCCAGACCAGUGUGUAACAAUUCAAUCCUCACAAAUGCAUGGUUGUAGGAUUUGUUGCACCGAUCUUUUAGUUUUUUUGCUAUUAAAGCUAAUAUUUUUGUACUUUGCUUUAAUUGUAAUAUAGUUUUAUCAGAUUGUUUUAUAUACACUUUUAUGUCGCUCAUCCCAAUCCUCAAAACGCAGAAAACGCGAAUGUUUCACCUGUUUCUGUCCACUGCUUUCCCUACAAUUGUCAUCAUAGAAAAUGUAAUUUUAUAGGCUCCACUUAACGAA